CGUCAUACCCUAUGAGCUGAGGGGUUUUCUCAUUUUUAAAUGGCUGGAGAAAAACUAAAAUAUGGGAGGAAGUGUCAGCCGCUAUGUGCUGGAUGCCGAUUUGACAAGAUCAAAGCUGCAGGAAAAUGGACAGUGAGGUUCAGAGAGACGGAAGGAUCUUGGAUUUGAUUGAUGAUGCUUGGCGAGAAGACAAGCUGCCUUAUGAGGAUGUCGCAAUACCACUGAAUGAGCUUCCUGAACCUGAACAAGACAAUGGUGGCACCACAGAAUCUGUCAGAGAACAAGAAAUGAAGUGGACAGACUUAGCUUUACAGUACCUCCAUUAGAACGUGCCCCCCAUUGGAAACCGACACUUGGCUCCUUUCUUGCUGGCGAAUUUUCUAAAAGUACACAGAGAAAAAAUGUUUUGUUUCAGUCUCC